AUGCUUAUGUCCAUCCUUCGAUCCUUCAGCCUCCAAAAGGGCGUGUAUCACUUCCGCGUCACCACCUCAACCCCCGUGCGCACUGGCCUCCGUUCAGCCCUCAGCCCUUUUGCCCUACCCGCUUCCAACGCAGGCCUGGAUCCUAGCCCACCGAAACAGCACAUUCCUCCACACUACCUCAAUCUCUCCAUCUCUCUCUCAUCCCCAACCUACGAGGCUCCGCGCACGACGCCUAUACCUGCCCCAAAGGCGCACUCCCUAUUUGCCUCCAACGCAUACCUGCAUCCUCGCCAUUUACAAACGAUCCGCAACAACAUCAAAAUAGUGGCACACCAGCUGCGCAUACCUUCCCUCUGGCACGAAUCUUAUCGCGCACGCGCUCGCACUCGCCCAUCCAUCGCCUCAUCACGGUUCCCCACAGUUCUAGAUCCCUCGCUGCAUCUCGGGGCCUCGCAUUCUACCUCCGCCUCUUUCCUGACACCUUUCCUCGACAAGAGAGGGCGUCCUCGUGGUGCCUCUUUAUUCUCCCUCUCGACCUACCUCGACGACCCACGUACUCCAUUCAUCUUCCUUGGCGACCAUUAA